GAGGCCGGAGACCGCCCCCCAAAGAAGCCCGCCGCCCGUGCUUUUCCUCCGCGGCGCGAGGGCACCAGCUCCGGUCGCGCGGCGCGCAGCUCGGAGGCGUGCCCCGAGGCGCGCGAGGAGGCGCCCCGAGCCACUCGGCACAAACAGCUGCGCCGGCGGCGCCCACGAGGCGCGGCCGCCGGCGAGACCUCCCCGAGCGACGAGCGGCUCCGCUGGAGCGACGAGAAGACAAGGGUCUCUGAGGCGCGAGGGCGCGGCGACCUCACGCCGAGGCUCACGCAGGCCACCGGCGCGGCACGCUGCUCUGGAGACGAGGGCGCUCGCGCUCCAGCUCACGCGGGAAGCUUGUGUGCGAACGCUCGCGCCAUCGACCCAGAGUUCUGCCGUCGCUCACUUGAAUUCGAUCCGUCGGGCCGCGCGCGAUUGGCGCAGAGCCCUGUGGUCGGCUGGACGGCCUCGGGGGCAAGACGGGGGCCCAGGCCCUGCGCACGGGGAGCCUGCGGGCAGUCCAGAGCCGCACGCCGGGUCUGCGCCAGAGCGGGCGGGAGCGCGCCCGAGGAGGUGCGAAGGCCCCGGGCGCCAACAGACAUCGGGUUGACGGCCCGCCGUGCCAAGCCACUGCAGGAAAAAGGCAGCCGCUGCUCGGGCGGUCCGCUUGGGUAUGCCGUGUGGGAAGCGCCGCUUCGCGCGGGAGGCGACGGGGGACCCUCGGCACGGCGCCGCGCCAGCGCGGGCUCGUCCACCGCCGCCGGGCGGCUGGCCGGAGGCCUCCCAGCGGCCAGAGCUGCUGAAGCCAAACGCUUGCGCCGCAUCGCCGAGGUCUCGCCGAUCUGCCGGCCACGUCGGGGCAGAGGAGGCGGGACUGGCGUCGCUCCGCGUCGCAAACGCAUCGGCGAUGCGGCGUGACCCUCCGGCCCCACCAGCUGCGGCCUCACCUGCAGGAGGCCUGGAGAGGUGCAGAGGGAGAGCCGACGCCGGCGGCAUGCUAUCGGAGGAGCCAUGGCAGGGGUAGACGCACACUGGCCAACCACACGCCCUGAGGACCAUCG